AUGGCUUCCGCCUCUUCAGCGUCGUUAACUCCCGUGCCUUCGCUGAUGAUUAAAGACGAGAAGUGGAGAAACUGGGCGGACCUUCCGCCGAAGUUGACUUCAUCGAUUCUGGUUCGUCUUGGAGCGAUUGAGAUACUUGAAAACGCUCAAAAAGUGUGCAAAUCGUGGCAUCGCGUCUGUAAAGACCCUUCGAUGUGGCGUAAGAUUGACAUAGACAACCGUGAUGACAGGGCUUUCUUCAAGUACGACCUCGAGGGCAUGUGCCGUCACGCCGUUGAUCGCAGCCAAGGCGGGUUGGUUGAGAUCGAGAUUUGGUACUACGGUACUAAUGAUCUCAUCAAGUACAUCACUGAUAGGUCAAGUAAUCUGAGAAGCCUUGGACUUGUAAGGUGCAUGCCGUUAACAGAUGAGGGAGUUGCUAAAGCAGUUUCGAAAGUUCCAUUGCUUGAAGAGCUCGAGGUUUCAUACUGCUUAUUUACAGGAGAGUCUCUGAGAUUUAUAGGCCAGUCUUGCCCGAAUCUGAAGACAUUGAAGCUAAAACGCAACCCUGAAAUCAUGUUUUCAAAUUGUGGGUUUGAUGAUAAUGCCAAAGCAAUCGCAGAAAGCAUGCCUCAACUACGCCACCUCCAGCUUCUAGGGAACGGUCUAACCAACAAGGGCUUGAACGCCAUCUUUGAUGGUUGUCCUCACCUGGAACACCUUGAUUUACGCGAGUGUUACAACAUCAACCUUGUUGGUGAUCUCAUGAAGCGAUGUUCUGAGAGGAUCAAAGAUUUGAGACUCCCUAAUGACUCAACGGAUAAUGAUUCAGAUGAUGGCUUCUACUGCUAUUAAGGCGGCAACAACAUUUGUAGGCCGACUACAUCCUUAUCGAGUAAUAUUUUCUAAUUUUUGUUGUGACUAAUGAACAAGUUCAAAUGCUUUUGUUCUCUAUCUUGGUACUAGUGUUCCACUGUUCUUUAUUUCCUUUGAACUUUUGAAGUUGUUGUGAGAGACGUGUUGUAAAGUCGCUAGAGAACGAUGUUAUGGAGUUCUUUUUUCAGUUGGUGCGUUAAUUAUCUGUUUUAAGCUUGAUAAGCUCAGUUUUAAGGAGCAUCACAAAUUUUUGGCUAGCUGCUUUUAGACUCCCGAGGGAAUGUAUCCAAGAAAUUGACAAGCUGUGCUCUGCUUUUUUGUGGUCUGGGCCAGAAUUAAAUCCAAGGAAAGCAAAGGUGGCUUGGGAGGAGAUUUGUAAGCCAAA